AGUCUCGCGAGAUAUAUGACGUCGCCUUGACGACAGUUUCACUGUUGAUACCGCCAUUGAUGUGCUGUAACAAUACUAUCAUAUUGCUGCUUGUUUCCUGCUGGUUGCUUCGUUUUUAGCUCAUCUCCGCUUGUGAAAACCAUGAGCUCAUACACCCAAGCUCUUGACCUCGUGAUCAGGUUCCCUUUGAACUUUGACAUCUGGGCCCCUCCUCGCCAACGUCCUACCGGGAGGUACAUGACCAUCCUUGAACCCCUGUCAGAACUCCCCGUCCCUUCCACCUCUAUCCCCGACCCCGCCCCUCUCUCUGCCUCCGUCCUCCGUGAUGCCCCUCACUUCGUCGAUAUCAACCUGGAUGAUGACGACACCCCGACCCAGUCCCUAGUUCGAGUCUUCCUGUCACGUGUGUCUGGAUUCUUGAGGAGAGUGUUCCGUGUCAAGAUGGACGCUUAAAGUGACAUCUUACUACCUCGUGGAACUUGUGUAAAAAAUAAAUGCUAUAGUGCUCUUUACAUUUUGGACCUUUCGGACAUUUGUUAUUUUUGGGACAUUUCGGUCAUGUAGGACCAUUUUGUUAUGUUUUGACCUUAGAAUAAAUACGUUUUAAAGUACUAAAUCUUCUUUGGGUUUUGGGGUCUUUUAAGAGAACUGGGGCAUUUUGGAUGACUUGUGAAAAGAUGAAAUAUGUUGUUUGUAUUUUUGGCUCUUUCGGACACUUUUGGCGUUACACUUUGAAGUUUGGACUUAAUUAAAUCAUUAUAAUUCAAUAUUUAUUGUUGUUUUGUUUUUUCCACCUCAUCGGUUCUUGUUUAGUUGCGUUGUUAUUACCAUCUCCUUGGUUUGUCAGCCCCCUAUACCCCUGUGCUUUUGGGUUUCACCAAAGUGGUAAACGUCUGCAGGUAAACGAGCGAUGUCAAGACCUGCAUUGUGAGCACAAAGAACAUGGCACACAAGAGGAUAUCUUUACAUGCAGUGGGGCGGACAUACCCUGUCCGACACAGCCCAACUAUUGGCAGGAUUUGAGUGCUACUGGAUGUUGUUUCACGCUAUAUUCAGCAGUAUUCCAGCUACAAACCACUGAUUGUUGUCAGGGUAGGAAGACACACUGCCAUCCAAGACACUGACCCAAUUCUAACCGGAAUCGCCACAGUCACCAAAGUGCCAACCAUGAACAUUCAUAAUAAAACUGCACUUAUGUGUGA